GGGCAUGGGAGCAGUGAGUUGUCGGAAGGGGCAACAUGCCCAGAUGGCUGCUCCUCAUAAGCAGGGUGGCAACAUCCAGGGCCCCUGGGUCCCCUGGGUCCGAGGCUAGAAGAGCCUCUGGCCAGGUGUGGGGACCACCAGGUCAGGUCUGAAAGAGUUGCUGUGGGGACUACAGGGGCAUCAGUUCCUGCACCAGGAGCCCCUGGAGCCAGCCCCACUGCUAGUAGAGAAGCCUCUGCCUGAGUGGCCAGUGCCUCAGUUCAUCAACCUCUUUCUGCCGGAGUUUCCUAUUAGGCCCCUUAGGGGGCAUCAGCAGCUGAAGAUUUUAGGCCUUGUGGCUAAAGGCUCCUUUGGAACUGUCCUCAAGGUGCUAGACUGUGGCCAGAAAGCAGUAUUUGUGGUGAAGGUGGUGCCCAAGGUAAAGGUCCUACAGAGGGACAACCUGAGGCAGUGCAAAGAGGAGGUCAGCAUCCAGCGACAGAUCAACCAUCCUUUUGUACACAGUUUGGGGGACAGCUGGCAGGGAAAACGGCACCUCUUCAUGAUGUGUAGCUACUGCAGCACAGAUCUGUACUCCCUGUGGUCCGCUGUUGGCUGCUUUAGUGAGGCUUCCAUCCGCCUCUUUGCUGCUGAGCUGAUCCUGGUGCUGUGCUAUCUCCAUGACUUCGGCAUCAUCCAUCGAGAUGUGAAGAUGGAGAAUAUCCUUCUGGAUGAACGAGGCCAUCUGAAACUGACAGACUUUGGCCUGUCCCGCCACCUGCCCCAAGGAACCCGAGCCUAUACUAUCUGUGGCACUCUUCAGUACAUGGCCCCAGAGGUCCUGAGUGGAGGGCCUUACAACCAUGCUGCUGAUUGGUGGUCCCUGGGUGUCUUGCUUUUCUCUCUGUCAACUGGAAAGUUCCCAGUGCCCGCAGAGAGAGAUCAUGUGGCCAUGUUGGCAAGUGUGACCCACUAUGACUCUGUGAUCCCAGCUUCUCUUAACCAGGGGCUCUCACUCCUGCUCCAUGAGCUGUUAUGCCAGAAUCCCCUCCACCGUCUACGUUAUUUGCAUCACUUCCAGGUCCACCCUUUCUUUCGGGGUGUGGCCUUUGACCCAGAGCUCCUACAGAAGCAUCCAGUGAACUUUGUCAUGGAGACACAAGCUACCCAGCUCAGUCCAUCACCGGAGUCCACGUUCUUCAAGGACUUUGACUGUAAUCUGGAGUCCUUCCUGGUGCACCCCAGCCUGGCUUGAGCUCCUCUACUGUAGUUGGGGCUCAUCUGGGAACCUGAGGACCUCCUCUACUGCCAAUUCAGUGUGACCACCUUGAUGAUUCAGUUUGUUUUUACGCUGUAGCCUCUUAUCAUUCUGUUCCUCUAGGUGUUGGACCAGAGUUCACACUGGGCAUUCUGUGGUUGGUAGUCACAAUGCCCUAGUCCUUACCCCAUCAUACAACCCAUCUCUCAAUUCAACAUCUCAGAUCAGAGUGUGGACCUUUUCCUUUGUUUCAUUUCUUGUUUAUACCCUGCAGUUUUUAGCCAGAAUUUUAUUCCACUUUUCCUUCUCCUUGUUUCUGUGCCAUGUUUCCUUUUGUGAGCAAUAACAGCAUUUCAUGGGUUCCCAAGGUGCUGCUAUUUAUGUGUUUAAUAGGCUUGUCAGAAGCAGUAUGAAUGUUUUUCAGAGUUCUCAAAAGCUGGUAUUUGUUUCAACCCCUAAAUAUGCAGGUAAAACAUAUGAUCUGGGGGCUCAAAGUCAGUCUAACUUUUAAAAAUUUAAAAAGUGAAUCUAAUAGCCUACUGUGAGGAAGAGAAUAAGAAGUGAAACAUGAGUGGGUUAAAUGUCUUCUCUAGGGGGUAAUUGGAAUAGCUAUACACAUUUUUUCCAAAAUAAAACCUCUUUGAAGGACACAAGGAUUCUUAAACUGAUCACUUCCCUAGAUGGCCCAGGUUUCAGUUGGUGAUGGGCAAACCAAGGGAUUAAGAGGCAUGAUAUCAACCUUGAGAUUUAAGAUCAGAGAUGUAACUCAAGAACCUUUUCCUUUAGGAAAAUCAUCUGGACCUUAAAUCUGUAUACAUUUCUGGCCUUUGUGACUUCUUUUCAUUUUUCUUAAACCAACUUCUUAAAAGUUUCAUUUUCGUUAUUCUUCAGUUAUAUCUGAUCUCUCUUUCCAAACCAAAGAGAGUCUGGGAAGUAUUCUGAGUACUAUUUAUUAAUUUUGUCCCUGGAUUAAGCCAGAUUUGCCCUGUACAUAGCUGGCAUUUUAUUGGCCUCUGCAGAACUGCUUUUUCUGAAUUGUACUUUGGCAAUCCAUAUGAAAAUCCCUAUGAAAUUUAAUUGCUGUGGAUACUGCAAAGGGUGUUUAUCAUUAUAAUUCAUAAUGUUCUAUAUAAGGAUGCAUGGAAGAAAUAUUCUCUGAACCCAGUUAUUCUUUUCCUGAAUUGCUGGUUGGUUUUUACCUUAAAGACAGUAAAUAUUCAACUGACUCUAUUUUUCUUUUCAUAUUGAUGCUAGACCACUUAGAGCCCAGUUUGUGGCCCACUUCCAGCAAGUGUUUAGGACCUCAUGUUAUGUUUUGUAUGCUAGCCACAUUCUUGGUUCCAUCAUCUUCCUUUUUGACCUUUACUUUCCUUAUUCUCUUCUCAUUUUUCUGUUUUAGUCCUUUUUUUUUUUACAUCUUACUAGAUUAUCUCCAUCUUUGUAAGCCUUUUAGAAUGAAGUUGAGAUAUAAAUAAAUAAAUGAAUGUAUCCUUGA